GCACCUCUGAGGCUGAGCACCGUCUGUUUGAGCGGCUGUUUGAAGAUUACAACGAGAUCAUUCGACCUGUAGCUAAUGUGUCCGACCCAGUCAUCAUCCAGUUUGAAGUGUCCAUGUCUCAGCUGGUGAAGGUGGAUGAAGUAAAUCAGAUUAUGGAGACCAACCUGUGGCUGAAGCAAAUCUGGAAUGACUACAAGCUGAAGUGGAACCCCUCUGACUAUGAUGGGGCAGAGUUCAUGCGUGUCCCUGCACAGAAGAUCUGGAAGCCAGACAUCGUGCUGUACAACAAUGCUGUUGGGGAUUUCCAGGUGGAUGACAAAACCAAAGCCUUACUCAAGUACACAGGAGAAGUGACUUGGAUACCUCCAGCCAUUUUUAAAAGCUCAUGCAAAAUUGAUGUGACCUACUUUCCCUUUGAUUACCAAAACUGCACCAUGAAAUUUGGUUCCUGGUCCUAUGACAAAGCAAAAAUCGACCUGGUCCUGAUUGGCUCCUCCAUGAACCUUAAAGACUAUUGGGAGAGUGGCGAGUGGGCCAUCAUCAAAGCCCCUGGCUACAAACAUGACAUCAAGUACAACUGCUGUGAAGAGAUCUACCCAGACAUCACAUACUCUCUGUACAUCCGGCGCCUGCCCCUGUUCUACACCAUCAACCUCAUCAUCCCCUGCCUGCUCAUCUCCUUCCUGACCGUGCUCGUCUUCUACCUGCCCUCUGACUGUGGGGAGAAGGUGACACUCUGCAUCUCAGUUCUGCUCUCCUUGACCGUGUUUCUCCUAGUGAUCACUGAGACAAUCCCAUCCACCUCUCUGGUCAUUCCCCUGAUUGGCGAGUACCUCCUGUUCACCAUGAUUUUUGUAACCUUGUCCAUCGUCAUCACCGUCUUUGUACUCAACGUGCACUACAGAACCCCAACCACACACACGAUGCCCAUGUGGGUGAAGACCAUAUUCUUGAACUUGCUUCCUAGGAUAAUGUUCAUGACCAGGCCAGCGGGCAACGAGGGUAGUACUCAGAAACCAAGACCCUUCUACAGCGCUGAACUGUCAAAUAUGAAUUGCUUCAGCCGCAUAGAAUCCAAAGGCUGUAAGGAAGGCUAUCCCUGCCAGGAUGGGAUGUGUGGUUUCUGCCAGCACCGCAGGAUAAAAAUCUCAAAUUUCAGUGCCAACCUCACGAGAAGUUCCAGCUCUGAGUCUGUUGACGCUGUGCUCUCCCUCUCUGCUUUGUCGCCAGAAAUCAGAGAAGCUAUUGAAAGUGUCAAAUAUAUUGCUGAAAAUAUGAAAGCACAAAAUGAAGCCAAAGAGGAACAAAAAGUCCAAGAGAUCCAACAACUGAAACCAGCAGGAAAGUCCACAGAAACAACCGAUCAAGAACCUGGGCUAUAAAUUUCCACUCUUCCACAACCUGUUACAAAAAAAUAAAUAAAAACACAUUAAA